AUGUCGCAGAGACAGUGGAAGGGUGUGGGCGACGUUUUCAAGGGCCGGGGCAUCGUCAUGGUUGGCGGAGGUGAGUACUUUGGUCCGGCCAUCAUCAGCCUGCACAUGUUGCGGAGGACGGGGAGCACACUGCCUGUUGAGGUGUUUGUGCCCAACGAUGCCGAGUUCGAGGAGCAGCUCUGCAAUAAAUACCUAAAGAAGCUCGACGCGAAAUGCGUCGUGCUAUCGCACAUUCUCGACAAGAGCGGCAUCAAGGUCGGCCCGGGCGACGACGCGGAGAUCAAGAUCACGCACUAUCAGCUCAAGUCCCUCGCGCUGCUGCUCUCGUCCUUCUCCGAUGCCCUGCUCCUCGACAGCGACAGCAUCCCCCUCACUGAUCCUGCGACUACCCUUUUCGAUGUCGAGCCAUACCAGUCCAAGGGCAUGGUUGUCUGGCCCGACUUCUGGAGGGCCACAGAGAGCCCCAAGUUCUGGACCGUGGCGGGACGGUCGAGCUAUCCUCCAGACCUGCCCAUGACGUCCAGCGAGGCGGGGCAGCUGGCCGUCAACAAGGCGACACACCUCGCGCCUCUCCUGCUGGCGACAUAUUACAACAUGUUUGGGCCCGAUCACUACUACCCUCUCCUGUCACAGGGCGCGCUCGGGCAGGGUGACAAGGAGACCUUCAUGGCCGCCGCCGUCAGCCUCAACUCUACCUUCUAUAGGGUCAAGACCAAUGUUGCGAGCCUGGGACGGCACGACGGGCGCACGGACCGGGUUACCGCCAUGGUUCAGCACUCCUCAGCCGACGACUACCGUUAUCUAUCAUCCACCUCGUCGUCAUCACCACCCCUACACAACAGCAUCAAGCCCAUGUUCCUGCAUAGCAAUACACCAAAGAUGAACGCCGGUCAUCUUGUGGACGAGGGCGACUUGUUGGCGACGGACCGCACCACGAGGCUGAGGCUGCUUGGGCCGAAAGAGUCCCUCCUCAAGCAGUUCGGCUUCGAUGUCGAGCAGAGCAUCUGGGACCUGCUGGUCCAGACCGGCUGCGAGCUGCAGAACGUAAUUGAGGAGUGGAAGGGAAGGUCGCAGAUGUGCGAACGGCUCGAGGAGCAUCACCGAGAGGUUUUUGGUUCAUAG